CAGCCUGUCAGGAGCAGCUCCAGCUGGAUGCUUCUGUUCUUUAUUCUGGAUUUAUUCUGCAGCCUUUCAGAAAUAAACUGAAGAUUCGAAUCAUGACUUUUACAUCUGAUUAAGAGGAACAGCAAGAAGAAAAGUGAAUUUUCUACCGAACUCGAGAUUCCUGGAGUUUUUUUCCUCUGAAUAUCAGACCGGACCUGAGUGAGUUUUUUCUACAGACUGAGAGGCACAAAAACUUUCCUAAAUAAAACACGAUUUUUAUUUGGGAAUGUUGAGCUCUGUGAAGAUGGAAACUCAUGACAUGUCGGAUUGGAGCGGAUACUACAGUGAAGCCAGCGAGAUGUACUCCUCUCCAAGUGCCAUGAACUCAGUGAGCAGCCUGAACACGUACAUCAACCUGAACCCAGUCAGCUCCAACUCCAGCAUGAACAUGGGCUACACAAACCCAGGACUCAACGCCAUAGGAGGAGCCACCAAUCAUAUGAACCUGGGCACUUCCUUAAACACCAGCUCAUUAAACCAAUUGAACCCGCCCACCUCAUCGCUUGCCCCGAUUUCCCAUUACCAGAGCAUGAACCAGCCCAUCCCUCAGCUCAGCUAUUCAUCUCCACCAGCUCUGAACAGAGCUAAAGAAGUCCCAAAACCAUACCGACGCUCCCUGACCCAUGCCAAGCCGCCAUACUCAUACAUCUCACUGAUCACCAUGGCGAUCCAGCAGUCUUCCAGCAAGAUGCUGACGCUGAAUGAGAUCUACCAGUGGAUCAUGGAUCUGUUUCCAUAUUACCGUGAGAACCAGCAGCGCUGGCAGAACUCCAUCCGGCACUCGCUUUCCUUCAAUGACUGCUUUGUUAAAGUGGCCCGUUCCCCCGAUAAACCUGGGAAAGGUUCCUACUGGGCGCUGCACCCCAACUCUGGCAACAUGUUUGAAAAUGGCUGCUAUCUGAGGCGUCAAAAGCGCUUCAAGAUUGAUGAAAAACCAGGGAAGAAGGGAGCCGGAAAGUCUCAAGAUGGUACCAAUGGCAAACACGGAAACAGUGAAGGGCUUCAAGAAGAGCACAGCCCUGUGACAGGUUCCUCAGACGGUGCAGAUUCAGCCCAGUCCGAUGUUUCCCAUCAUGAAGAACAACAAAUGGGCAUGGCAGCGCUCGAUGUUCCAUCUCAAACCAGCAUCGCGUCCUCGAUGCCCGGCUCCGGGUCACACCUACAUUCAGACACCAUGUCAAGUCCGCACCUCCUUUCCAAUUCCAUCCAGGACCACAUGGAUCUUCAAAAUGACCAAUUGAAGUCCAUGGACCCACAGUACAACUUCAACCACCCGUUCUCCAUCACCAAUUUGAUGUCCAAUGAGCAGAAAAUGGAGCUCAAGUCAUAUCAGGAUCAUGUCAUGGCUUACAACGGAUUCGCUGCUUCUUCACCCAUUGCCCCCAAGCAGAUCUACGACAGUGCAGGACCCUCCGGGAUCGAAUCAGGUGCCUACUACCAAACUCUCUACAGCAGAUCCGUACUUAAUGCCUCGUAGAACUUUUUGGCUGGUUUUUUGGAUGCUAGAAAUGCUGACAGCCACAGGACUUCUCUGAGUUUAUAUCAACAUUUUAAUGUAAAGCUACGUAUGCUAACUCCACCCAGUUUGAAUGGUACUGUACCCUGCCUAUUACACACUUAAACAAUCGUUGAAAACGUGCCUUCUGAACCGUCGUCUACCCCCUGUUCGAGUCGUAUUGAUUCGGCACUGAUAACACCCUCCUGUGUGCAAACACCAACCUUAUGAACUUAUAAACCCAAAAAUCCAUUCGGCCAACCUUUGAUCUUUUGUUAAACACACGGACGUGACGCAAAUAAUCCCUGUUGAUUUUCCACCUGUAAGACUGUAAAUACACUGUAGCAGAGGGGCGCAAGCCAUUAUUUAUGAAGGGAAAUAUUAAUAUAUCUUUUUUUUUCUUUUUCAUUUUUUGUGUUCUGGGAUUAUUAUGGGAUGAGAGAGAGAGAGAGAGAGAGUGUGUGUGUGUGUGUGUGUGUGUGUGUGUGUGUGUGUGUGUGUGUGUGUGUGUGUGAAAAUCGAGGUUACUGCAUCGCUGCGUUACAGUUGUGUGUUACAGCAGAGCGCCAAUAUUUUUUAGCAUUACGUGCGCACACAGUGUCAGCUCUUAGCAGCUCUUAGCUUUGGUAAUGUGUUUGCUAAUUGUUUAUCUCUUCUUUUUUAAAUUAUGUCCAUAUUUUAAGAUGUUUUUAAUCUAAAGUAUACAAAUAAAACUGUGGUAAAAGUUAACAUUUUGGCUUUUAUUUAUCAUUUAAACGCCUUUGUUUUUUGUGUCACUGCAAAGAUCUUAUAGCUACGAAGUGCUAAGCAUAUGCUGAUCUUACAUUCAGUUUACAAUAUUUACCCGAAAUUUAUUCAGAUGUAUGAUUUUACAAACAAACAAAAUAUAUUUAUUGGUCAAAUGGCUGUUUCUGAAGUGCAAAUGCAAGACAUCUAAUGCCAGCAAAGCCAAAAACCCUAAACAAC